CCCACUAUUUCAUUUCAAUUUGGAAACGCGGAGGACUCAGUGCUUUAUUCCUAAAAGUAUUUGGAAUUUUCGGAAACUAUUAUGAUAUCAUGCAAAUAUUAUUCUGAGUUUAUAUUUGUGUAUGCAAAUAGAGCAUCAAGUCAAUAGGACGUGUUUGUGAAAGUUUGACUAAACAAAUGCACGCAUUGCAUCAUUGUCAUGAGACUUCGAAAUAGUAGAAAUGAAACGUUCAAGGUAGCCUUUGGAACUAGCAUUUGCUACGUGUUGCCAAAGCUACAAUUUUCGUCCUGGCGACAAAUCUGUGGGGCUGGACUUUUUUAAAAACAAAUUAUUGCUCUAUUCUAUGAACUAAGUGACAUAAUUCCGAUGAUUUGAGUUGGAGCUCAGUCACCAAUCGUCAGCGGACACCUCUCAAGUCACGUGCUUUUACAUCUUCUCUAUACAACUGACGACCUAGUUCUAAUCAAACAAGGAUAUCACGUGACCGUAUUUUGUUUUGGUGUUUAAUCCAUGGACAUCACGUGACCGUUCGUAUUUGGUAAAUGAUGUUUAUGUGAUGUUUCUUUGGGGCCCUUGAAGGGUCGUGUCAGGACAUGAAAGCUCUGUGGUGUUAACAUUUUUACAUCCUCAAAUAUUCCUUACAAACUUCAGGGGGAAAGACAAUAUUUUUCUCUCCCCCCCCCCUUCCACAAGCCUUGAUGUUGACCUGAAGUAAGUGAAAGGUUCGUACAAGAAUCACGGCACUUCGCGUAACCAUCUCCACAUGUACCUGCUUGACCCUCCUGCAUGGAUACAUGGACAUCUGCUGUAACAAUUUUAUAUUUUCUGCAUAUGUGGAUUAUCCCCAACAGAACCUCGGUGUGGAGAUCGGAAGACUCCGAUGAGGAUACAGAGAGCAAGUCACAGAAACCAUUGGCUGAACAUGGCCUCCGGCAGUACGAAGGACCCCAUGGGAUUCCAGUUUCUAUUGAUAGCUUGUUCACGCAAAUUACAACGGGAAACUCAGAUGACCAGGGUCACAGUGGGUCAUCAGAGUGCACACAAGGUAGCGAGCUGUCAGAACUGGACAUGUGUAUCACUCCGUCACAAGCGGCCAUGUUUGAAUCAUUUAGUGGUGGUUCCUCUCACUACGCUAACAAAAGGAAGCGCCAAGCCUCGGCCAAUGGAUUCUCACUCUGGAAAAAUGGCGUCAUCCCUUACGUCUUCAACUCAACGUUCCCCCCCCAAGACAGAGACGCCAUACUUGGUGCCAUGCUAGAGUGGGAAAAGUCGACUUGCAUACGUUUCCGCCAGGCGACCUCACAGGAUGUCGAUGUUGUUGUUUUCAGAGAUGGAAGAAGGUGCUCUACGAACAUUGGAAGGAUCGGUAGGGAACAAGUCGUCACGUUAGCCAAGAGUUGUCGAUCUAAACGAAUACUGAUUCAUGAACUAGGUCACGUGAUUGGAUUGAUUCAUGAACACCAGAGACACGAUCGUGAUAAAUAUGUCAAAGUAAUAUUGGAAAAUGUGCGGAACAUGUCUCAAGAGAGGUAUCAGUUCUCGAAGCUUCUAUCUGGAUCGAUUACAGACAAAACAGUCAAAUAUGAUUAUACAUCCGUAAUGCAUUAUGGAAGAAAUUAUUUCGCCAAGUCCCCAGAACUGACCACUCUGCAGACAACAGACGGACGUUAUCAGGACGUCAUUGGCAGAGCGGAGAGGCCAUCUUUCAGUGAUAUAGAGACAGUCAACAGACUUUAUCAGUGUUCAGCUGGAUGCAACCAAUAUCUCUUUUGCUCUGACCACUGCUACAUGGACAACUCGUGUAUCUGCAGAUGCGCAACUGCCAUUUCGGACAAGCCAGUUGUGUCUGGACCAGGUGCUUAUCGCAACAGUCUUCAUGAUAGUACAUGUGACUUUUUUGCCAGUCGUGGAGAGUGCAGUGGAAACAUCAAGGAUACAGUUAGGCCUCUCUGUGCCAAAUCUUGCGGAAUACUUUUGAUGAAAUUAGGUCAGCAUCAGCCUCCAAACAGACAACACUCGCUAGGAGCAGGCCAACCACAGGGCAAGCCAACCGGAUUAAACUGGGGACACUCACUAGAUUCACAAGGCACAGCUGUUGGAGCUACACUCCGAAAUAAUGAUGCCAACACUGUGAGUGAUCUACAAAUAAGCAUGAGUGGAGAUGCCAUGGUUUCCGUGGCGAUGCAAAACGACAUGCAGCACCAGCAGCCAUCUUUGUCCGGUCAUCAAAGUUACUUGCAGGGCCACCAGUUCGUACAGAGUCCAAACAUUCAAAGCCAGACCAAGAAUGAAGAGCUUCAGAUUUCUCAGCAAGCUAAUGCCAGACACGUGGAUAACUAUCUAAGGGCAGCACUGCUACAGAAGCAAACAUCGCCUAGCUCUGAGAGGUCUCACAUGCUGCGAUCUUUAAUACUAAGUAGAACGAGGCAAUCUCCCUCCGAACAGCUCAACGCCUACCUGCAAUAUGGGGCCACUACCAAAUCACCCGACAAGCCAAAUCUGAGUGACGCCAUGUCAGCGUCCAACUGGUUGUCACAAUCAAACAUGCAAACGGGGCAGCAUUUUCUUCAGCAGCAGUUGCUGCAUCAGCAGCAGCCAAGGUAUAGGCCGCAACAACAGUCAGGUCCAAGUAGCCAGAGACUAAUGAUCUUUAACGACAGGCAAAACAGAAUAAAUCAGGCGCAACUACAAAGAUCAAAUUUUAAUAUCAAUAGCCUUCGGACACAGGCUUCAAUGCAAAAUAGGGGUGCUCAAAGAAUAGACUCUUCUAAUCCAUUUGCUGAUUUCACUGGAGCAAAUAUCGGUGGCCCACAUGAUGUCAACAGCAAUGGGAUGACCCAACCUUCUAACGCGCCUGACAGCAGUCGCAGCCUGCAAGCCAUAGGCCCGUCGUUUAUGAAAUCUGGAGUAGUUCCCCCAGAUCAAAUACCAGGGGAACCAAUGUCCCCACUUGGAAGUCCGGUAGAGCCAAUAAACGUGGACGCCAACAGAAACCCAACUACAGAACAGCAGACUGCUUCAGUCUACUUCAGCAGCAUCCCACAACAAAGUUUCGAGCCUACAUUCUCUUUAACUGACCCAGUCGACGGCCAGCGCAGAGCAACCCGACAAUCUGUCUGGGACUCAAUUAUUCAGCGCUUAAACAAACAACCAUCAACAUUGAACAGCGGGCCAACCGUCGACACCCUCAGCCAACCAGGCACUUCCAUUGACCAGAUUUCAACUGGCAUGGCAAGCCAAGGAAGCUUCGACAGCAGUGCACAUACUUACACUGACAGUAAUGGCCACAUGCAAAACCAGCAACCUUGGUACACUCAAUCCCAAUCUCAACAACCCCAUCUCCCAGUGUACCACUUGUUCAACAGCCAGCUAUCUCUGACAGAUCCAAACGCAGACAUACUUGCUGCCAUGUCUGGGAAUGCCUCUGACUCCUUAGCUGCUGUAUUUCAUUCUACUUUAUCAAUACAGCAGUUACCCACAGAAUAUACUGCGGCAUCACAAACGCCAUAUGCAGCAUCUGAUGGGCACUACCAAAUCAAUGCCAACAGCAAGAUGGCGUUCGCAAAUACUCAUUUUACAUACUCUUUAUCACCUCAAGAUUCACCAAGCUUGCAGCCCAUUAACCCGAACCUGCGGGAUGCUAGAUUUCUGAGAGCGCUUGGGUCAAACUUCACAUUCAAUGGUGUUUCUACUUUGCCAUUCUUCGAUUUUUCAGACCAUCAAACACGUGAAUCACACAGUUAUAAAAAUGUUCCAUUUCCAACCACAAAAUUUGAUGACAAUAUCGGGCCCAGCAGUUUAUGGCCUGGCAAUAUAUUUCAUUUCAAUAACCAGUACCAGGAUAACGCUGCACCUUCCAGUAUGGUGCCAGCAGCCAACGCAAAUCAAAAUAACAAACAAUAUUUCUCAGGGAGUAGUUCAGGAAACGAAGGACUAUUUCGUUUUUAGAUUUCAAAGGUAUCGUAUGUGUCUUAGCCCACAUUCCUAUAUAUAGAGAGAGAAAGACUGAACAAGCUUAUCACUAUUCAAAAAGUGUAGCCAGCCUUAAAUGUUUUUCUUGUGCUGCUAUCACCUUAAUUUAAAAACCGUUGCACAUUUUUGUAUGCAGGCAUGGGCUACAUAAUUAAUACAAACUCUAAACAAAUGUAUCACACUCUUCUACUUCACUUCCUUUGUCUGUCGUUCUGUCUGUUCAGUCUGGUUUAGUUUCAAAAAUGUGUCUACAAAUGUUUAGGCAUGUACUAUAUAGUAGUAGUAAGCUACAAAUGUUAUUGAGUGAAGAACAUAUGGUAAAACGUAGAUAAGCUUCGCAGUAUGCUAUGAACCAACUGAGUUGUCAUGUAAAACACUGCAUUCAUCUUAAGUCUUCGGAAUUGAAGACAUUGCAAUUAUUGUUAUUAAGACAUGAGCACACACCAAGUAAGAAGAUAGAGGAAAACUACCAAUGCCAUAGAUCACUCGGCCACGUUACCAUUACAGUGAACAAUAAAAUAAAGAAAUGCAUAAAUAAAAAUAUUUUUAACAAGGUUACAAAGACAGUUUGUGUGGAAACACAAACUCAAAGUCGGCCCCCGAAUUUGUCCACCCAGGCAGGUAAGAAGGCAGGUUUCAAUAUUUCAGAAAGCAGAAUACAAUUCUAUCAAAGGCAAAGGACGGAGAAGAAUGGAGAAAGAAGGUGGACAGAUCCUGUGUUUUCCCCAACAGUCCAAGUGAUAGGUGAAAGUGAAUGUGGUUAGGUGUGAACCUGGCCUAACUGAUGUCUGAAUAGCUAAUUGAUCUAAUUAUUUUGUAAAGGAUCAUUUCUUAUUCAAAGCCUCAAAAAAAAAAAAAAAAAAAAUUCCUUUGGUUUAGUGUUCCAUGGUGAGAUUGCAGCACUGCAGUUCACGCAAUAAUAUGAAAAACUACUUAUUCCACUCAUAUGCAUAGUAAAUAAGUUGUUUCUCUUAAAAAAACCAUCUUUUUGUAAAUGUAGUAGUUAGUAUGACAUAACUUAUCAAAACAAUUGUAAAAAAAAAAAAAAUUCUAAAUAUGUUUAAAAUAGUAUAUGUUAAUUUCAACCAUUGAAAACAUAUCUGGUCUCUAUUACUAUUAAUAGUGAAUACCGGUAGUUGUAAAAAUGGUGUGUUUUUAUGAAAAAAAAAAACUUCUUGCAUAAUAAAUUUAAAAAAUUAGAUUUUUCGCUUUCAGAAAAUAAAAAAAGUAGCCGUUGCAUCAGAACUGGUCUAAAAUAUUAUGGUGUCGAAUUUUCACUACCUUUUCUAGUUUACGAGAUCUAAAUGGGAAGGAUGGACGGACAGACAUUCCACACAAAACUAAUAGCGUCGCCUUUCGGGGGGCCGCUAAAAAUGACUAUACAUCCUAUAUACAGAUUGUAAAUUAGUGUGCUCCUAUAAAAAAAAAUUUUUAAAUAACGGACUCGCGUUAGUGAAAUGUCCUCGUGUAUAUUUGGAUUCUAAACAUAAUGUUAAAUUAAUAUCAAUGAAAAAUAAAAUCUGAAAACCUUGUUAUAA